UUUCAGGCAUUUUUUGGAUUUGGACAAGCAGCAGAAAUUUUUAUCAGACUAGAUGAUGCGGAUAACAGGAAGGUUGCGAAAAUUCGUGGUGAAGAAGGCGGUCAAGAGGUACAUUUUUUGUUUUAUGAUGGUGAAACAAUAUCUGGUACUGUGGAAAUAGCUGUUAAAAAAAAAUUUGAUCAUCAAGGAAUAAAAAUUGAAUUUAUUGGUCAAAUUGAGGUUUAUUAUGAUCGUGGUAACCAGAAUGAUUUUAUAACAUUAAUGGAGGAAUUAGCUCGUCCAGGUGAACUCACGCAGAAUGCAGUAUUUCGGUUCGAAUUUCCAAAAGUUGAAAAACCAUUCGAGUCAUAUGUUGGUACCAAUGUCAGAUUGCGUUAUUUUCUGAGAGUAGUGGUUGUGCGAAGGUUAACUGAUAUUGUUCGUGAAAUGGAUAUAAUUGUGCAUACGCUUUCGUCAUAUCCAGAUACGAAUAACAAUAUUAAAAUGGAAGUUGGUAUUGAAGAUUGUUUGCACAUAGAAUUCGAAUAUAAUCGCUCCAAAUAUCACCUAAAGGAUGUAAUUGUUGGAAAAAUAUAUUUUUUACUGGUUCGAAUCAAAAUCAAAUUUAUGGAGAUUGCAAUAAUAAGGCGAGAGACUGUUGGAAAUGCACCUAAUGUAUUCAAUGAAAAUGAAACAAUAGCAAAAUAUGAAAUAAUGGAUGGCGCACCAGUAAGAGGAGAAUCGAUUCCAAUACGUCUUUUUCUUGCUGGUUAUGACUUGACGCCAACUAUGCGUGACAUUGGUAAAAAGUUUUCUGUUCGCUAUUUUCUAAAUCUCGUUCUGGUUGAUGAAGAAGAUCGUCGUUAUUUCAAACAACAGGAAAUGACCUUGUGGCGUAAAGCGGAUAAAAUCAGCCGACAUAUGUCCGAAGAGAAUCUAGCCAAAACAAAAACAAAUGGAGAUACAGGAGCUGUUCAACAGUCAAAAGAAAUGAAGAUCAGCAAAUAA